AUGGCGAUCGUGGGUUUCUCCCUGCUGGGUCUGAUUUUCAGCGUGGCUUGCUGCGGUUUCGCCCUGCUCCGCCGCGUGCGCAACGAGAAGUGGCUCUUCCACGCCCUGUCGCUCCGGCUCGACCGGGCCGCGGCCAAGCGCGAGGAGGCGGCCACGAAGGCCCGGCUCGCCCGCGAGCGGGCGAACAACAGGGAGGCCCGGAGGCUGCAGAGGGAGAAGGACAAGCGCAUGGGCAUCAAGAGGGAGAAGGUCCGCAAGCAGGGCCAGGAGGAGCUGGAGGGCGUGCUGAUCGGCACGCCCGGCGCAGGCACCGAGGUGGAGGAGGAGUGCGGCGACGCAGGGGCGGUCGGGGGAGGCGGCCUGGCGCCCAUCGCGGAGGGCCCCGAGGAGGACGAGGUCCAGGACGCGGCGCCCGCCGGCAGCCCGGCUGGCUUCUCUCUCGCAGGGGCAGGCGAGAAGGGCAAGAAGGACAAGAAGGAAAAAAGGUCUGGAACCGACAGGCAAGAGGCAGAAGGAGAUGGCCCAGAGAAGAAGGAGAAGAAGGAGAAGAAGGCCAAGAAGGACAAGAAGGAUAAGAAGGACGAGGUUAACAAUAAGGAGAAGAAAGACAAGAAGGAGAAGAAGGGCAAGAAGAAGGAGGAGGUACUCGAGGACAGAGGCGCGCAAGCUCCAGAGUUAGACCCUUGA